AUGCCUUCUGCUCUGCAAAAUGCAUACAAAGAACUUGACGAUGCGAACCACAUCAUUGACAUGCUCAGACUGGAGCUUGCAAAUGCAAAGGUCAAGAAGAGCCAUAAAGGAUCCAAAUUGGAUGUACUGGAAGAACUCUUGGCAGCGGAUCAACAGAUCGCCAAGCUUGCCCAGAUCUAUCUCCUCUUCCAUCAACCAUGGGUUCACGCUGACAACUUUCACCAACCAAAGCCUUCAUUCAAUUUCAACAGCAGUGAACGAUACUCAACUAAGGGCAACAUCACAUUAGGUGCUAGUGCGGAGUUGUAUGAGUGUGUUCUGGAGCGCCUCCAUGACUACAUGCGAAGUCACAGUGACUUUGGCGUUAAGUUUACAAAAGAGCUUUCAUCCAGCCGCUCUAGCAUGAUUGAUCACCUGCGGAAGAAUGCCACAUCAAUCUUUGGCAAUCCGACCAUCAAGAAUUUCCUUGGCUACAAUGCAAGUGGCAUGACGGUUGGUGCACAGUACCCCAAAUUACUGCCAUUCUUCUUUCAGGAUGGAAGUGUUGCCAAUCAGACAUGUUUGUUUCGAAGCAAGUACUUACUCAAGUUAGCUCUCUUGAUCAUUUAUGGUCCAACUGUAGCACUUGGUAGCGUCCUUCCAGUAUUUUGGUCGAACAGCCCUUAUGCCUCCCAACUAGGUGACAACAAAGCAGAAGUGUUUGGAGAGCCAGAAACAGUGACAGGUGUUGGGAAGAGGAAGAAAGAGAGGUGCCUGAAAUAUUUGCUAAUGCAGGAAGAGGGGAGGGAGUGGGGAGGUGGUGUUCAAGAAGGGAAAGGAAGGGGGUCUGAUAGAGGGUGA